AGAUAAAGAUGGAAUUGCUGGACUAGAAGAUCACAUGGUAUUUGCAGAUAAUAUAGUUAGAGCAGGUAACUUAAUGGGCAAGGCAAGAGAUGACGUAUACCAGCUCUUUCGAGGUUAUUGUGAUCAAGGGGCUUCACAAGAUAUCCCAAGUUCAGUUUCAUUGGCAGACCAACUUAUUACAGUGUGGAAAUGCAAAGAUGACCCAGAAACAAUUGAAAAGUGGAUUAAAAAAUCCUCGAAACUUUUCCAGGCUUUAUGCAUGGAUUCCCCUGGCUUCGUGACAUUUGAUAACUACAUGAUAUUAUGGAAAGGGAUGAGUCUUGACAAGAGAUUUGCACGAAUGCAGUUUCACACUACCCUACCACGUGACCAUGUUUAA